AUGCCAGCAGCGAAGAAGGUGCCCUCCAUGAAGGCACUAACCGCAAGGAUGAAGGAGAUCCAGCUAUCUUUCAAUGACAUUUGGAGAUUCAUGCAAGCCUUUAAGGAUUCUACUACAGUUAGCGAAAUCCAAGUUCGGUUUUGCAAGCUAGAUAAGUUAUGGGAAGGAUUCAGCGAUGUGUUGGUGGAGAUCUUUGCCCACGAGGAUUUCAAUCCAGAAACCGCCGGUUUGGAGAAGGAACGAAUGGAAUUUAGUGACCGCUAUUACGAGGUUAAAUCCUUCCUUAUGGACAAAAUCAAGCUGCUCGAGGAACCACAAGCCGAGCAGUCGAUCAGGAUAGGAGAUGUUUCGACGCACAGUGUAAUCGAGCACGUUCGGUUGCCACAAAUAAAACUGCAAACUUUUAAUGGAGACAUCGAUGAGUGGUUGAGCUUUCGGGAUUUGUUUACGUCGCUCAUCCACUGGAAAGAAGAUUUACCCGAAGUGGAAAAAUUCCAUUAUCUAAAAGGUUGCCUACAGGGAGAGCCAAAAACCCUCAUCGAUCCGCUACAAAUUACGAGGGCUAAUUAUCAGGUGGCGUGGGCCUUGCUGCUAAAACGUUACAACAACUGCAAGCAGCUUAGAAAACGGCAGGUACAGGCACUCUUUAAUCUGCCCACACUUAACAAGGAAUCUGUAGCCGACUUGCAUAUUCUCGUCGAAGGUGCCGAGAGAAUAGUUAAAACCUUGGAUCAAAUAGUCCAACCGGAGGACUACAAGGACCUCCUUCUAGUAAACAUUCUCACUGCGCGAUUGGAUCCGGUCACUAGAAGAGGGUGGGAAGAGGUAUCAUUAACAAGGGAACAGGAUACAUUAGUGGAUUUAAUGGAAUUUCUGCGGCGCAGAGUACAGGUUUUGGAUUGUUUACCAUCCAGGUUCUGCGACACUAAGGGUGUCCAACAACCACUACCAAGGCAAAACCAACCAAUAGCCAAAGUUUGCAAUCAAGCGUCUGGGGGACGCUGCGUAGCUUGUACGUUGAAUCAUCCACUAUAUCAGUGCCCCACGUUUCAACAAAUGGAGGUGUUGGAACGCGACACACUACUGAAAACUCAUGGUCUUUGUCGCAAUUGUUUUCGGACCGGACACCAUGCAAAGGAUUGUAUAUCUAAAUUUUCCUGUCGAAUCUGCAACGGCCGCCACCAUACGCUAGUAUGCUUCAAGUCAAAGGAAGGGGAAACCAAGGUUAUUGCGAAUGUGGAGGAUAACGAGCCAAUUCCUUCUGCGCUAUCACAGGAAUCAUCCAAUCCAAUUCCUACCCAAGGCAUGAAUAUGGCAGUCUCAAACUUAAGCGUAUCUAUUGCAGCGAGUCAGUGUACAUCUCAGGUGCUUUUAGCUACAGCUGUCGUCAUAGUGGAAGACGAUAAUGGGAAUCAGUAUAAGGCGCGUGCUCUACUGGAUUCUGGGUCGGAGAGUAACUUUAUUACUGAGCGCUUGACCCAACGGUUAAAGGUUGACCGAGAACCUGUUAAUAUAACCGUCGCUGGAAUUGGUCAAACUAUUUCAACGGUGAAGCAAGGUUUAAGAACCUUGGUGCGUUCUCGAGUUUCAGAAUACGCCCGUGAACUUACAUUCCUAGUUCUCCCAAGAAUAACGGCAAAUCUCCCGGCAACAAAAAUCAAUACGAGCAGGUGGAAAUUUCCUAGCGGUGUUAAUCUGGCAGACCCUGCAUUCUUUCAGUCCCAUGGUGUGGACAUGGUUCUCGGCAUUGAAGCGUUCUUUGAAUUCUUUGAAAGCGGCCGAAAAAUUACAUUGGGAGAACAACUGCCUCUAUUAAAGGAAUCCGUGUUUGGCUGGGUGAUUUGCGGCGGGUUUUCGGAACAAACUCAAUCUUCACAAAUAAGGUGCAACAUAUCCACUUCGAGAAAACUGGGCACAUCCACGGUGAAGAAACAAUCCGGUGAACUGUGUGACGGCAUUCAGACGGUUGGUACACCGUCAUCCUACCAAAGAAGGAAGACAUUUUAUCGAAAUCGUGCGAAUCAAUGGACAUCCUAUGUCGACGACUCCAAGGAACCGGACAAAGGUUGGCCAAGGGCGGUUCCAUCCUCUGGAUUUUACCUGAUAAUACUCGGAGAACUGGUCAUUCUGCUGGGGGCAGAAUUCCGUCGAUGCUGGGGGCUGGAUCCCCAAUUACCCACCAAGAGCUAUCGAACACUGGAGGCAACGAUCCCAUCCCCCAACAGGGACUGUAAUGCUCAGGUUGGUCAGGAGGAAGAAUUCAAACUGGUGAUUGAACGGUUCAGCGCACACCCGCUGAAAACGGCCUAA